AUGUCCUGCAGUCGGAACGAUGUGUCGUGGUUGCGGUUAACCGGACCAUUGGAUGCUGUUAAAGAUGGUCAUACAGCUGCAGAUACUACAGAGGUCACAGAAACAUCUGAAGAUGCCCUCGGUGAAUCAGCAGAAGUCGUGGAACAUGCUUAUCAUGAUGCUGUAGGGAACAGUGGGACAGUUGCCCCAUCCACAGUUGUCUCUGAACAUGCUGAAGGGCCGCCUCAAGAUGCUGUAAAAGAUGAUCAUGCAGCUGCAUAUACUACAGAGGUCACUGAACCAUCUAAAGAUGUCCUCAGUGCAUCAGCAGAAGUCUUGAAACAUGCUUAUCAUGAUGCUGUAGAAAUCAGAGGGAUAGUUUACCAUCCACAGUUGUCUCUGAACAUGCUGAAGGGCCGCCUCGAGCAAUGUUCAAGAUUUGACCCAGGAACAGCUACAGUAUAUGGUUGAUCAGAGUGAGAGGCAUCUGCGGAAAAUAUUUGGAGGAUAUAUUCUCUGCGAGAGACAUAUUGCAUUCAAGCAGGAAGGAAGAAGCAAAAGUAUAUAAUAUAGACUGAACCGAG